UUUUGAAACAUCUGUCCCAUUUUAGAAGAGCUAGCUCUUUCCGGUAAAGAAGCUCUUGGUCUUUUCUCAAGGGAAAAAGAGAGAUGGGAAGGGCUCCUUGCUGUGACAAGGCUAAUGUGAAGAAAGGGCCAUGGUCUCCUGAAGAAGAUGCGAAGCUGAAGGAGUAUAUAGAGAAGAAUGGAACUGGAGGGAACUGGAUUGCUCUUCCUCAGAAAGUUGGUCUCAGGAGAUGUGGAAAAAGUUGCAGAUUGAGAUGGCUCAACUAUCUUAGACCCAACAUCAAACAUGGGGAAUUCUCUGAAGAUGAAGACAGGGUAAUCUGCACCCUCUAUGCUAGCAUUGGUAGCAGGUGGUCGAUAAUAGCAGCUCAGUUGCCAGGCAGAACAGACAAUGAUAUCAAGAACUACUGGAACACAAAGUUGAAGAAGAAAGUCAUGUGCACAGUUCCUCCAUCUCACCAUCACCAAAGAAAAUUUCAGCAACCCUGUAGCUUCUCCUCUCUUCUUCAUCAAGCAACUUCAUCUUCCUCCUCAUCACCAUCACCUCCAUUGUCAACCUCCUCCUCCUCAUCACUGUCAUUCAACUACAGCACCAACACCCCCAAUUACUACACCCCUUUCGCUGGUAUGGAUCCCACCAUAUCAUAUUCCCCAAGUAAUUUCUUAAGCGGCAACAGCACCACUACUUCCUGUCUAAGUCCUGUGUCAUCAAUUCUUCUCCCUCAGGAGAGUUUAUUGGGUCCUAUGCAGCAUUACCAAUUCAAAGACAGUCUCAUCAUGCUUGGAGGUGAAACUAGCUGCAGUUCUUCUGAUGGAAGUUGCAACACCAACACCAGCAACCAAAUUAGCCAUGGAAAAGAAAUAGAUCAGUAUGGUAUGCACAGUUACUUUUACAAUGGAGUUCAAGAGGACCAGAAAUUACUGGGUUCUUCAUCAAAUGGGUUAUGGGGUGAUCAAGCUCCAUUAGACUAUGGACUUGAAGAGAUCAAGCAGCUGAUUAGCAGUACCACAAGCAGUUGUAACAGUUUUUUGUUUGAUGGAGUCAAGACAGAAGAAACAGUCCUGUACUACUGAUGCUGACUGUGAGUAAAAUCACAAAGAUUUGAGAGAUGAGAACGAGGAAUGGGCUCAAGAUUCAGAUUUAGGUUCAUAGUCUGUUUGUGUGGAUAGGAUAUUGUAAAAAGUCAAAAAAAAAAAAAAAUGAAAAUGUUCUCCUAAUAAGCAUUUCUUUUUGGGAAAUGAUUUGGGUUAGAACAGUUUACUAAAAA